ACCAUAUAUAGUUUUCCAAGUGCAAAAAUUACCUACAUCAGGUUGCCAUGGCUUCCCUAAUAACCUCCAGCUUCUCCAUUCUCCUCUUGCUAUGCAUGCUAAAGUCCACCACUGCCUCGAGCAAUUUCUCGGCCAUCUUUGCCUUUGGGGACUCCACGGUGGACCCCGGCAACAACAACCACUUGUUCACUCUCUUCCGAGGGGACCACUUCCCCUAUGGUCGCGACUUUCCCACUCACCUGGCAACUGGGAGGUUUUCAAAUGGGAAAAUCGCAACCGAUUACCUUGCCCAAUUCCUAGGCCUUAAGGACCUUUUACCCGCUUACUUUGACCCGCUAGUGACUGUUAGUGAUAUGGUCACCGGCGUUAGUUUUGCCUCUGGGGGCUCUGGCUUGGAUCCCAAUACCGUGGCAUUGGCCAGGGUUUUGGACUUGUCCUCACAGCUUGCUUCCUUUGAACAAGCCUUGCAGAGGAUAACAAGAGUCGUUGGAAAUCAAAAGGCCAAUGAUAUACUAGAAAAUGCCUUGUUUGUUAUCAGUAUUGGGACCAAUGACAUGCUCUACAAUGCAUAUUUGAUGCCAGCAACAUCAAGGAUGAUUCGCUAUGGUUCUAUUUCGGGCUACCAAGAUUAUCUCCUUCAAAAUCUUAAUGAUUUUGUUCAGACACUUUAUGGAGCAGGAGCACGUAGGAUUUUGGUGGCAGGUCUUCCACCAAUUGGGUGUCUCCCAGUGCAAGUGACUUUAAGCAGCAUCAAAGACCUACAUUGGCUCCAACGUGUGUGUGACGCCCAACAGAACAUGGAUUCUCAAGCCUACAACAACAAGCUUCAAUCCCAUAUCCAUUUACUCCAAUCCACACUCAAUGAUGCUAAGAUCGCUUAUUUCGAUAUCUAUACACCCAUUCUCGAUAUGGUCCAAAAUCCAACCAAAUAUGGCUUUGCGCAAACUCUUCAAGGAUGCUGUGGGACAGGGCUCUUGGAGAUGGGUCCUGUGUGCAAUGCACUUGACCUAACUUGCCCCGAUCCGUCUAAGUACUUGUUCUGGGAUGCUGUGCACCUUACUGAAGCAGGAAACUACGUUCUUGCUGAGAAUGGUCAGCAAAAUGUGAUUCCAUACCUUAGUAAUUAGGCUAUUAUGAUUUUACAUUUUAUAUACGCAUUUUUUUCCUUAGGACCUUAGUAAUUAGGCUAUUAGGGGGAUUAUAUUAUUUUUUUUCAU